UAUUAAGUAUGCAAUCCAAAUUGAUGAUAAUCCGGUGCCUAACCCUGUUUUUUAACUGGGUCCUAUGUCAGGAGAUUAGUAACCUGCCAUUUCCAAACUCGUUCUUAUUUGGAGCAGCCUCAUCAGCUUACCAGAUCGAAGGAGCAUGGAAUGAAUCUGGUAAAGGUCCAAGUAGAUGGGACUAUUUGGUACAUAACAGACCAGUCGUAAAUGAUGGAAGUACUGGCGAUGUAGCAGCUGACUCUUACCAUAGAUAUAAAGAUGACAUUGCCGCUCUAAAAGAACUUGGAGUGAGCUUUUAUAGAUUUUCAAUAAAUUGGCCCAGGAUUCUUCCCACUGGAUUUAUAAACAAAAUUAAUCCAGCUGGCGUUGAAUAUUAUAACAAUCUUAUAGAUGGACUGCUAGCUGAAGGAAUAGAACCAUGGGUAACGAUCUAUCACUGGGAGAUACCAUUACCAUUACAUUAUUUAGGAGACUGGAACAAUGACAAAAUUGUGCAAUACUUCACGGACUAUGCAAAUUUACUGUUUCAACUUUUUGGUGACAGAGUAAAAACAUGGCUAACUAUUAAUGAACCGUUCUCAUUUUGUGUCCUUUUUGUUAAUGUAGAAGUAUUGUCAGCUGGACAGGAGGGUGUACCGACUGGUACAACGGAAUACCAAUGCGCUCAUAAUGUCUUAAGGGCCCAUGCAAGUGUAUAUCGACUGUAUCAGUUCAAAUAUAAGGCAAUUCAGAAAGGUAGAGUUAGUAUUGUCAUAAGCUCAGAGUUUUCGCUGCCGGCAAGUGAUUCUGCUGAAGACAUAGCAGCAGCUGAGAGAAAAAGGAAGUUUGACUUGGGAUGGUAUCUUCACCCUUUGGUGUAUGGUGAUUACCCUCAGACCAUGAUUGAUAAUAUUGGAAACUAUAGUGUUGUUCAGGGAUUCCCAGUUUCUCGCUUACCAAAGUUCACAAUUUUAGAAAAGUUAGCAAUCAAAGGCGCCUAUGAUUUUAUAGCGAUAAACCAUUAUACCAGUGCGCUAACCACACCUGGUACUAGCUCUGAAGAACCUGUCCCUAGCUUCAAUAACGACGAUGGUGUGAUCACCUAUCAAAAUCCUUCAUGGGAAGGAUCAGAUUUUCUAAAGAUUUUUCCAGAAGGAUUUAGAGAGCUAUUGGUGUACAUAAAAAAGAAUUAUCGGAAUCCUGAGAUAGCUAUAACCGAACAAGGAUUUGCAGAUUAUCCAAACAUUAUAAACGAUACAGCAAGGAUUAAUUAUUAUCAGUUGUAUCUAACUCAAGCACUGAAAGCCAUUUACGAAGAUGGAGUGAGACUUACUGCUUACACCGCUUGGAGUUUACUGGAUAGUUUCGAAUGGAACAAUGGAUAUUUAGUUACAUUAGGGCUCUAUGAUGUCGACUUCGAAAGUGAAAACAAAACAAGAACUCCCAAGGAAUCAGCAAAAUAUUACAAAAAUGUCAUAGCAACAAAAUGUUUAAUUGAUACUUGUGUAUAAAUGGAAAUAGUCCUUCUUUGGUAUCUUUCAGUUUUUUAAAUGUUAUCACCAAAAGUAUGUAGAAUAAAAUAUAUGAGCAGAGAGUAA